AAGAGAACGGGAAAAAAAUUUAACAAAAAAGACAGCGGACGCGCACUCAGUUGAUGAUUCUCCAUCUCCUCCUCGUCUCCGCCGCUUCGUCCUCCUUUCUCCCUGUUUCCUGGGUCGCGGUCAUUUUUAUUCCGCGGCACGUAAAGAACAUCUGUGAAUGUGAAAGGUAUGUGUACGUAAAAUACAGGCUACUGUCGUGACUUUCUGUGGCCGCAAGUUUUCUUGUGGGUUUCGCGGAAGGGGGUUGUUCUUUCCAAAAGCUUCGAACGGGGAUUUCUGAAAUUUCUGGAAGAACCUGAUCCAAUCUUGACGUAAUUGCGUGUUCUUCGAGAAGGGUUUCACUUUCGUUGUUGAAUUUGGGGAUUCGCGCGUGGCUUCGUCAGCUCAAUUCGUUUGCGAUUGGUGGAGGGUUCUGGUAUAUUUAGGAGGUGUUGUGCGGUUUGUUCGAAGUGGGCAAUGUUUGGGGCUCCUUGAAGCUGAUUCAUUGAGGCUUUUGGUUGUUUGGGAAUUAGAGCAUUUCAUAUUGUUUUGCUUGACGGUGAUGUGCUCUGAACACCUGGGGGUUCUUUAAUUUAGAGCUAAAUUAGAGAUUCCCAGGUGCAGAUUCAUUAUCUGGGUUUUUGUUCUUGCGCGAGAUAGUGUGAUUGAGAGUUUGGGUGGAGGAGCAGAAGGUGGGGUCUGUUUGGCAGCUCUGGUUGUUGUGUAGUUCUGAUUUCGAGAGUGUUGGUGGCAUUUGCAAUGGACGACUCGCCGAGCGGCUCGAAUUCGCUGCCACCAUUCCUGAUGAAGACUUACGAGAUGGUUGAUGACCCCUCCACUGACCCGGUGGUCUCGUGGAGUCAAACCAACAAGAGCUUCAUUGUGUGGAAUCCGCCGGAGUUUGCACGGGAUAUGCUGCCGAGAUACUUCAAGCACAACAAUUUUUCCAGCUUUAUUAGACAGCUAAAUACAUAUGGUUUUAGGAAGAUUGAUCCAGAACGAUGGGAAUUUGCCAACGAUGAUUUUAUAAGAGGUCAGCCGCAGCUUAUGAAGAACAUCCAUCGCCGGAAACCUGUCCACAGCCAUUCCCUUCAGAAUCUCCAAAAUCAGGGAAGUUCUUCUCCUUUAACUGAAGCGGAGAGACAAGGACUGAAGGAAGAGGUAGAAAGGCUUAAAAGCGACAAGGAAUCACUUCAGUUGGAACUACAGAUGCAUGAAGAAGAGAGGAAGGGCUUUGAACUGCAGAUGCAGAAUUUGAAGGAGCGGUUUUUGAAAAUGGAAGAACGACAGAAGAAUAUGGUGUCUGACUUAGGUAAUGUUCUGCAGAAACCUCGCCUCGCCUUUAAUUUGUUGCUUGAGUCGGAGUUUAACGAUAAGAAGAGGAGAUUGCCUCGAAUUGGUUACUUUCAUGAUGAGGGACAUGGUGAGGAUAAUCAAGCUGGGACUCCCCAAUCUUUGACGAGAGAAAACAUUGAUGGAGCUUCAUCCUUACCAUCGAUACUGGAUUUAUAUGAUCAGUUGGAAUCAUCUCUCACAAUCUGGGAAAACAUUGCGCGUGAUGUUUCUGAAAACUUAAUUCAGCGCAACUCAACCCUAGACUUUGAUGAGACUACUAGUUGUGCUGAUAGCCCUGCUAUAUCCUGCAUUCAGUUGAAUAUUGACGCACAGCCUAGAUCACCCACGAUUGACAUGAAUUCAGAGCCCGCUACUGCUACUGUUUUCGAGCCUGUCUUGGCUACUACUUCCGAGCCAACUUCGACUGUUGCUUCUGAGCUAGUUUCUUCUAAAGAACAUGCCGCAUCUGCAGCUCCUAAUGCGCCAGCAGGGGCUAAUGAUGUCUUCUGGGAGCAAUUCUUGACAGAGAAUCCGGGUUCCUCUGAUGUUCAGGAAGUUCAGUCUGAUAGAAAGGAUACUGAUGGCAGAAGGAAUGAGAGCAAACCUGCUGAUCACGGCAGGUUUUGGUGGAGUCCAAAGAACGUAAAUAAUCUAGCAGAACAAUUGGGGCAUCUUACCCCAGCCGAAAGUACUUGAUGUUGGUCGAUCGUAUUUUCGGGUAUUGAUGGCUCAGUGAGGGCGUUGUAAUAUAAUAGUUAUGGUAUGUUGGGUCUUCCAAUAAAUAGGUAAUACAUAGUUAGGGCGGCAGGUUCGCUGCAAUAACGUUGAUGAGGUCUCUCUUGAUUAUUUGUCCAUCAGAGUUUUGUAGCAUUUUGUUUUGUUCCAGUUAACAUAGUUAUAUGAGGGUUGUGAUCUCCCACACAGUGUUACAUGACAGUGGUACUGACUUUCAUUAUGCAUCUUUUGAGGAGUUACCCA